AUGUUAUAUCACAGACCAUUGAUGCCCUUACCUAGAAGUCCGGGACAAUUAUUGAGUUAUUCUCAGGGUAGUUUUAGCGAGUACCGUCGAAGUGUUUGCAAUUGUGACGAUGAUGCGCCUCCAUUGCCUCCUAGAAAUUAUAGGGUGGCCGCGAAAACACAAAGAGAGGAUAAUGAAUGCUUUGGUGUCAAUGGUAGGAGUAGUAUACCGCCUCCGUUGCCUCCAAGGCCAAAGAUAAUUAAUACUAACGAUGAAAUUGGAUUAGAAAGAUUGGACAUGUCUACAGGUAUAUUUACACCAAUAUCAAGCGAUGCUCCUUCGACUAAAUUCAAGAAGGUUAGGCACGAUGUAGCUUUACCAGUUAAUACCAAUAACAAUAAUAAGCCUGUGCAAACCAACAAAUUCUAUGGAAAUAUGUUACUAGGAAGUCAAACGUCUCCGGUUUGGACGCAUCCUUAUUCUUUAUGGAUUGAUAAAAGUUCUAAACCAGGGAUGGCGGUUGCUUAUAUUAAAUCAUCCCAGCGAGUUUUUGAUACAGCAAACAAACCCCCACGAUACCUCUUUUCGCCAACUGGUAUCAAAUCUUUUGUCUUCAGCUCUACCGAGUUUAAAUCUGCAGAUGAUAUGAGUGUUUCUUUGAACACUUUAAAACAUUUAUCUGCUCAAGUAAGAUUGCAAAAAUCAGACCAAGAAUAUAUCCGGUUCUACUUAGUUCAAGGUAUGGGGUUUGUCACUGCAAUCUAUUACAAUUUAAUUCCUAAGGUGUACUCUGGUGUUGGAUUCAAAUCUAUAUCUGGAGAUACCUCUCCUCGUUCUGGUAUUAGUAAGUACAAGAUUGUCCUAAAAGAUAAUGCUGUCUGGACCUUAUAUGUAACAAUCCCAGGAGGCCAAUCUUUGCAGUUAGCUUUGCAGAAUAAUGCAAUUGUUGGUGACAGAAGUAUCAACGGUGGUCUAUUUCAAAUUGUUCCUGACACAAAUUCAGAUAUCGAUCGUGCCGCUGGUUGUUACCCAAUUACUGCUGAUCUUACUGGGUCUGUAAGUGGUUCAAAAGGUAAUUAUACCUUGACCUUUACCAAUGCCGGUGAGUCUAACAGUGGUACGAGCUUGAUGUAUGCUUUACCUCACCAGGUCGAAAACUUUACGUCCCGUACUGUUGGGAAAAUUAAUUCAAAGCUUGAUUCUACUGUGUAUGGUUCCAUGACUGGGUAUUUAACCAAAGCCUUCGAUAUGACGGUAGAAGUUCCUUCCGGCUUAGGGUUUGACCCAUAUACUACUAUAAAAGGUAAAGGUGGUCCCAAGUACUCUGAUGAUGUAUUGUCAAAGAUUCGGGAGGCUGCUGCGUCAGAAAUUGAUGGAGAUGUUGUAAGCGAAAGUAAUGUUGAUUCGAUGUACACAGCUGGUAAGAUCUUGGCAAAAUAUGCUUGGAUAUUAUACUGCUGCCAAUAUGUGAUAAAGGACUCUGACAAAGUAUCAAAACUUUUACCAAAAUUGAAAGAAGCAAUAAGUCGCUUUACUGGUAAUCAACAGAUAUUACCAUUAAAAUAUGAUAGUGUUUGGGGAGGUAUUAUAUCCUCUGGUACAGUAUAUCAAGAUUAUGGUAAUGCAUAUUACAAUGAUCAUCAUUUCCACUAUGGUUACCAUGUAAUUGCUGCUGCAAUUGUUGCUCUUGUUGACAAAGAUGCAAGUGAUGGUAAAUGGCUCGGGGGAAAUAGAGUAUGGGUUGAAAACUUAAUCAGAGAUUAUUCCAAUCCAAGCUCCACUGAUAUAUAUUUCCCUAUGUUCAGGAGUUUCGAUUGGUUCACAGGCCAUUCAUGGGCCAAAGGAUUAUUCGAAAGUGCUGAUGGUAAAGAUGAAGAAUCCAGUUCUGAAGAUGUUAAUUCCGCAUACGCGUUAAAGCUAUGGGGGUUGGCCGUGGAUAAUAAACAGUUGGCCGCCAUUGGAGACUUGUCGUUAGGUGUCCUAAAAACCUCACUAAACCAUUACUUCCUUUUCACGGACGAUAAUAAGACUCAACCAGCAUCCUUCAUUCCAAACAAAGUAAGUGGUAUAUUAUUCGAAAAUAAACUCGACCAUGCAACUUACUUUGGUACUGAAACUCAAUUCAUCCACAUGAUCCACGCCAUCCCAAUCACUCCAGCCUCCUCUUUUAUCAGAUCGCCUACAUUCGUACGUGAAGAAUGGGAACAGAUUUUAUCUAAAAUUGUUGACAAAGUCGAUGACGGGUGGAAAGGUAUCAUGAUGUUAAACCUUGCAUUGUACGACCCUAAAACUGCUUAUGAGUUUUUCAGUGGUUCAGGCUUCCAAGAUAAAUACCUAGACAAUGGUCAAAGUAAAACUUGGUCAUUGACUUAUUCUGGGGCAUUCAAAUAA